CAUCGACAGCCUUGCAGCGUCGAUUGUCCCGCUCGCUUGUGAAAUUCGCGGAAAACGGGAAGAUAAAUUAAAAGAAGAAUGAGCACCUGGAACCCGGAGAACGAUGUGGAUCUAUUGUCCGGGUCCGAGGACGAGGAGGAAGUGGCCAUGAAGCGGGACUUCCAUGGGCGUGAGGCUCUUCUCUUUGUGGUGGAUGCGAAUCUCCAGACAGGAGGCAUAGACCGGUUGAUGGAGGCAUUUAACAUCAUUAGGACUGCAUUUAUAUCCGGCAUUAUGGUCAACGACAAGGACUUGAUCGGACUCAUCUUCGCCAAUACAAAGCACAGUCCUCCCCCGCUGGAAUCUAGUGCCUUGGAUAACAUCGUGAUGCCUGACAACUGCGCCGUUUUCCUUCCUCUGCGACAGCUUACUAAGCCAAUUGUGGAGCACUACCUCGAGUUUAUGGUCGGGGUGGAGGCCCAAUUCGCCAAGGAUUACGGCCUUGUUGAGCCCGACGGCUGCGGAAGAUUUGAUCUCAUGAUUCGACUUUGCAUUGAGUUGUUGGAAAAGUGCGGCAAGAAGCUUAACAAUGCCAAGAUUGUCUACUUGACGGAUGUGAGCUCGCCGCAUCCUCCGUCCAGCAAUCACUUCCAAGCUUCCCUGCAAAAGGCCAGCGAUCUGGAAGGCAAGGAGUUUGAGUUUCACGUUAUUCCCAUGGUAGAUGAUUUUGACUACGAGCCGUUCUACAAGGAAUUUAUCACUUUAUCAAGGGCUAUUGAACUGGACGCCUUUCAAGAGCCAGACGCCCAGAUGCUACGCGAGAUCCUGGCGGAUCGCAAGCUGAAACAGGAUUUUCUGCGCCGCUGCCUCGGCCACUUCAGCUUCCACCUUGGCCCCAAUCUGUCAAUGUCUGUACAGUACUACAACUACUUUCAGCGGCGCGCAUAUCCACGCAAAGUGCAGAUUCUGCGGCGAGACAACAGCGUGGUCAGCAGCAAGCGGGUGAUAACAGUGCAGAAGCGGGACGAGGAGUCGCAAGACAUUCUCCACGAGUACCAAAUCAAAACGACAGGAGGUUGGUACACCUGUAACGUGGGUGGCGAGAAGCUGCGCAUCAGCACGGAACAGUUGAACAGGGUACGCAAUUUGCACAAGCCAAAAAUGUUGCUGCUAGGUUUCAAGCACCGAUCAUCUCUGCCCGAAAUAAGUUACAGCAAGCCUUCGAACUUCAUGUAUCCCGACGACCAGAGUAUCAUCGGUUCAAAGCGUUUGUUUCGUGCAUUGUGGGAGCGUUGUUUGGCGCGAGAAAAGAUCGCCAUCUGCCUCUUUAUGUGCAAGCGCAAGUCAAUUCCUCGCUAUGUGGCUCUCGUACCUGUUGAGGCCUCAAAUAAAGAGGAGGAGAAGAGCUAUCGAUCCCUGCUUUGCGGCGAUGGAUUCAAGAUGGUCUACUUGCCGGAGUCCAAGCACAUCCGAAACAUUGACAUGUUCGAUUGGAACGAAACGGCAAACGAGGCCAGCGACGAGGGCGUUGAGUUUUUUAAGAAAGUCAUUAAGAAGCUUCGAGUUGACUACCAGCCCAAUCUGAUCAAUGACCCGACUCUAGAAGCCUUGCAAUCGAAUCUCCUAGCUCUUUCCCUGGACUUCACAACGGACAGCAAAGGCAUCGAUAAUCUGCUGGACAGCUCGGCGCAGGAUCAGCGCAUCGAAAAGCUUUUGCCCGAAUACGAGGAGAUAUUCGAGCCGGAGGUGGAGCCAGCUAAGAAAAGGGUUGCAAAGUCCGCCACAUCAGGUGCAACUGCCCCAAAAGUGGCCAAGAUCGACGAGGAGCAACUUAAAAGUCAUGAUUUUUUAAAGGAACUCGCCAGAGAUCAACGGUUGCCAAGCUGCACGGUGGCGCAACUUUUGUUCAUUUUGGAUCACCAUUUUCAGGUCAAGAUGCCCAAGAACACUGUGAAGGCAAAAUUAGUGGACAAAAUCGAGUCAUUAAUAAACUAAUGUCAGGAAUUUGAGCUAAGCUUGUUAUUGCAUGGCAAAAAGUGUAACGAAUGUUAUUGUUUGCAAGUAGAUAUACUACAAAAAACUACUGUUAUAAUAUAAGAUUAUUUUGUUAAGUAAAGUACAAUAUGUUUGUGACCAUAUGAAUCGGAAAUAUAUAUUAUUCUUAUUACAAAUAUCCAUUACAUAUAAA